AUGACAGAACACCGGCUACCAGUUAAGCAACUGGUGAUUCUCUCAAUAUGCCGCUUUGCCGAGCCCAUCGCCCUCACUUCUGUCUUUCCCUACGUACCCGAGCUUAUGGAGUCGUUUGGCAUUCCCCAGAAUGACAUUGCGCGCUGGGCUGGUAUCUCGUCUUCGGCCUUUUCGUUGUGUCAAGGCUUCACUGGCCUUGUCUGGGGCGCCGCAUCCGAUCGCUAUGGGAGGAAACCGAUCAUACUUUUUGGGCUAUUCAACACCAUGUGGACAAUGUUGUUAUGGGGUUUCUCUCUGAAUCUGCCCAUGGCCUUGGCAGCACGCGCCCUCGGAGGCUUAUCGAACGGCAAUGUGGGCAUUCUGCGCACUACAGUGGCGGAACUGUGCCCAUGGAAAGAGCUACAGCCGAGAGCAUUCAGUGUUAUGCCCUUAGUCUGGACAGUAGGUGCGACGUUCGGACCUACCCUUGGUGGAGCCUUGGCAAACCCACUCGGAGUCGAUCCUCGGAAGCCUAGAGGCACUGCUUUUCUGGAGAGAUUUCCAUAUUGCUUGCCAAAUAUUGUAGCCGCUGCGUUCUUCACCAUCGGCAUUGUAGUAGGCUGGUUGUUCCUCCAAGAAACCCUGGAAAGUAAGAAGAACGCACCGGAUCUGGGCGUGAGAACUGGGGCUAGACUGGUAGCGUUCGUUCGCAAAAUAUUACAUCUCCCGACCCAGAAGCAGAGCAGUCCGGAACGGGAGCCUCUACUUAAUCGUCAGAAAGCUGUCGACAGUGAGGCGGCAUCACCCAAUAAUGUUGCACAUGAGGUUGUCAAAGAGAAGGCGCCAAAAUAUCGGGAUGUAUUGACAUAUCAGACUUCGCUCAACCUGAUUGUGUACACAUUGCUCGCUAUGUACACUCAGGCAUAUGAUCAGCUACUUCCGGUGUUUAUGCACCACCCUGUGCAACUCGCAAACGACCCAACAGUAUCUCUCCCUCUCAAGUUUGCAGGAGGUUUCGGUAUCGAGUCUCGUCGCAUCGGCAUCAUCUUCACCGUAUUCGCCAUUUCGUGCACUAUGUGUCAAUUCUUGUUGUUCCCGCCCAUUGCGCGCUAUCUGGGUGUCGUCCGUUGCCUCCGGAUCGCCUUUCUAAUCUUUCCAUUUGUCUUCUUCGUUACGCCAUUCCUAUCGCUUAUCCCGGAUCCGAUCACCAGGGAAAUCGCAAUGGUGCUCCUCCUGAUGGUCAGAGGAGUGGGCGGUACAUUUGCUUUCCCAACAAGCACUAUCAUGCUCACGAACAGUGCGCCCAGUCUACGUGUUCUAGGGACCAUCAACGGUCUGGCCACGAGUUUCAGUUCCUUUGGUCGGGCAGCAGGUCCUACUUUGGGAGGUGGCUUGUUUACGUGGGGCGUCAAGCGUGGCUAUGUCAUUGUACCGUUCUGGACCAUGUCCGCUAUUGCAUUCGCUGCUUCCAUACCAACAUUCUGGUUAGUUGAGGGUAAAGGAUUUGGAGACGAUCCAGAAGUCAACGACGAAGAGAAUACUAUCGAGACGGAAGAAGAGGAGAUUGAGGAUGGCCAAAGAGCCCCCACGACAGCUUGGCAUUACGAUGAUGCAGCAUUGUCUGAGUCAGAAUUCGGCGAUUUCGGAGAACCACCAAACAUAUUGAGUUUGACGACGACGCGAUCGAGUGUGGCCAUGGCAUCCGACGAUGAAGAUGACGAUUCGGUGUCUGUAGGACAGGGGCAUUCGAUCAAUGCCUUGGAGGCGACGAGAAGUGGUUCCCAGAGCAGACGACGGAAGAUCGUAAGGAGGACUUCGUCAAUACCGAUCGGCAUGGGCAAGGGUUUUAGACGCUACAGCUCCAACCUAGGCAGUACAGGCAUUGGGGGUGGUUCUAGCUGGGGAGGCGCGUAG